AUGUGGGAAAGCAUCAAAUCGUCGUUGGAAGCUGGGGGAAAAGCUAGGGAAACCCAGCAGGAAGUCCUCUCAAGCGCCCUCACCAAAAUUAUAGCAUAUGAACAGGAGAAAGAUAAGAAGCUGGAUCUCCUGCGCUCCAAGAUCGACUUAUUAGUCGCUAAUGCCGAAAGUACGAGCGCGCAGCUCAACACAAAUCAGCAGCUUUCUAGUCUUCAGCUCGACCAGGCGUUGAUGACGCUGACAUGGAAUCACGAAGAACCAGGCUCUCUUUUCAAGCAGCAUUACUUCUUCCGCAAACGAAGAGGUGCUACCAGCACCGGCUUAUCCACCAAUGAAUUUUGGCGGUCUAAUCAGCUCUCAGCUUGGUCAUCCUGCCAACAUUCCUCUAUUAUCGCUGUGAAGGGAACCUUCACUCUUAAGUCAGCAAUACAGGAUUUCGGUAUUGACGUCCUUCAAACUUUAACUCGGUCUGGUGUAACGACGUUGUGGGCUUUGACUAGCAUCGAUCGGCCCAGAUCCAAGUCUACCAUGGCAACAACAGCCUUACUACAAUAUCUCGUGCAUCAAAUACUUCAGAUAAAAACUGCCGUGCAAACCGAGAAAAGCCUAUCAUUACACUACAUGCAGUAUCACUCGGCGAAGACAUCUGACGAGUGGUUCGAGUUUCUGGUUCACCUUCUUUCAGGCCUCAAGGGGCAUAUUUACCUCAUUCUGGAUCUGGCGGCCGCGCAGUGUUCAUCUUCAUCUCUUGAUGGCGAGGACUUCUCGUUAAUCCAGGAGCUCUGCCAACUAGUCCAAUCCUAUGGAAGUGGACCUGAUACCGUAAAGAUCAAGAUUCUAUUGCUUGCCUAUGAGGGGGAAUGGGAUAAGCCCAUUCGCCAGGAUAUACCUCAAUCAGUGGUCCAUGUCAGAAAGAAAGCAGUAAAACGAGUGUCGGGCAGAGCAAACAAGCGGAUACUUCCUAUGUUAAUAAAGGGCAAACAAGAAAGAUGGAUUUGA